AAUACAGCGACAUCUAUCUGAAGCGAAUUGAACUAUUUGUAGAGCUUUCCCACAAUCUGCCUUUCAUCGACGCCGAGAGAGCAGAAUACUGGAAAACCAACUUUAUUUUACCGUUACCUAUUACGCUAGCGCCUACGCGAAAUGUUUCAGAAUGAAGGUUCGCCCAUUAGUUUGCUAUUUUGCCACCGGUUACACAUAUAUUGGUGUUGAGAUUUGGAUUUCAGAAGUGUUACUUCAGUCCGCGCUCGUCCGCGCUUUCGUGAAAACGUGUAAGAAAACUGUUGACGCUUUGAACAAUAUAUAAAAUAGAUUAUAACAAUAAAAAAAAUCAUGAUACAUAAGUUUCUACUUCUGACAGUUAUGUGCUGAUAAGCUAGGUUUUAGGAGCUUUAGCUAACCGAAAGUAUAUUGUUUUUAUCGUAAGCAAGGAACUCAUUAAACAGCAUAAACAAGUGAAGAGAUCAUGACCGGUGUAAUUUAAAAAUUAUGGACACCACGGCAAAAAUAUGUGCAACUUCAAAGAGAUGCAGAGCCACAAUAUACAAAAUAGUGAAAAUACCUCGCCAGAAGAAUAUACAGUCGCAGAUGAUUACCUGACUAAUUACUUAUGACUUAAAAAUAAUACAUUACAAUUUACUUCAGAGUGACAUGGACAUAUGUCUCAAAACUUUUAAGAAAAGGAUGCUAAAAAGAAAUUACAAUUGUAAUUUAGCUCGAAAAUCCUUAAAUUUGUAUUGUAUCACCCUCAUACUUUGUCUGUCACUGAAUUCUGUUAAUUCCAACACAACAUAUGUCAGUCGUCAUUUAAGCGAAAAGAGCAGCGUAAGCAGAGAAUUUAACUUCAGUGACAGUGCACGUGACAGUCACGGCUCACACGACGACUACGAGGAACGUGAUACCGAGCAUUCCGAACAAGAGUAUACUAAAGUCAAUUUCGAACAAAAUCCAUUUUACGAUAGUGAUAAAUAUGUACAUAUAAAUAAAAAAAAUUACCCUAACGAGCCCAAUACUUACAGCAACUACGAAGACUACAAACAUUUUUAUUUAAGCCCUUCUAAUCCAUUACCAAAUACGAAUGUAAAAUUUAAAAUAAGUAGUAGGAUAGUUCAGACUAAAUAUGGUAAACUGCAGGGCAUAAUCUUGGGCAUGGAUGAACAUAAAUAUUUAAGACCACUAGAAGUAUUCUUAGGCGUUCCGUAUGCCACUCCGCCAGUAGGAUCAAACAGGUUUAGUCCUACAAGAGCACCAUCACCGUGGGAUGGUGUGCGUGUCUCUGAUCGCCCAGGCCCUGCGUGCCCUCAAAAGUUGCCCGACCUCCACGAUGAAAGGACCAUGUUAGACACUAUGCCAAAAGGCAGACUGGAAUACCUGAAAAGACUGAUGCCUUAUCUUAAAAACCAGAGUGAAGAUUGUCUCUACUUAAACAUAUUUGCGCCCUUGCAAAUGGAUGAACUCAAAUCGGCCAUUCCAGUGAUGGUUUAUAUACACGGGGAAAGCUUUUCGUGGAGCUCGGGAAAUCCAUACGAUGGAGCUGUUCUGGCCAGUUACGAUGAUUUGAUAAUUGUCACCUUAAAUUUUAGACUUGGUAUUUUAGGGUUCCUUAAUGCAAAUCCGACGCCACAUUUAAAAGCCCGGGUAGCGAAUUAUGGUUUAAUGGAUCAAAUAGCUGCGUUGCACUGGGUUCAACAGAACAUUGUGUUAUUCGGAGGUGAUCCAACAAACAUCACACUAAUGGGACACGGCUCAGGGGCCGCCUGCAUUAAUUUUCUCAUGAUAUCACCCACGGUCAUGCCAGGUUUAUUCCACAGAGCAAUACUUCUCUCCGGUUCGGCGCUAAGUUCAUGGGCUAUUGUGGACGAUCCAGUUUUUUACACACUAAAAUUAGCAAAGCAUAUGAACUGUGCCAUCCCAGACGACAUGGCGAAGGAUCAUGAAAUUAUAGUUGACUGUCUCAGAGGUGCCACCACGGAACAAUUGUUAUCAAUAGACAUAUCUCCUCCAAAUUUUAUGACAGCGUUUGGCCCGUCUGUCGACGGAGUUGUUAUAAAGACAGAUUUUGCAAAAGACUUUUUAACCACGUUUCCGACAGGAGAUUUUCCUAGUUUCGGACCGUUGAACAAUAUGAAUCAAAAUAGCAACAUACAUUCCAAGAGAAGUGAUAGUGGAAGAAGACGUUUUCAAAAUAAGUACGACUUGAUGUUUGGAGUUGUAACUAGUGAAGCUUUGUGGAAGUUUUCAGCUCAUGACAUUCAAAAUGGCAUCGAUCCAGACAAAAGAGAUCGCAUGUUAAGGACGUAUGUGAGAAAUUCGUACAUGUACCAUUUAAAUGAAAUAUUUUACACCAUAAUCAACGAAUAUACAGACUGGGAAAAAACGAAUUUGAUCAAUACAAGAGAUUCGACUGUAGCAGCGUUUUCAGAUGCUCAAUAUGUGGCACCAUUAGUCCAAAGCGGAGAUUUGCUCAGCGGAGGACCUAAACCAGCACCAAGUGACGAGGACGGGCCGCGUCGACCAACUAAGACAUUUUUUUACGUGUUUGACUAUCAGACGAAAGACGGUUUUUAUCCACCGAAAAUGGGCGCCGUCCACGGUGAAGAACUGCCAUAUAUUUUCGGAGCUCCAGUCGUGGAAGGGUUUGGUCAUUUCCCACAGAAUUACACGAAGUCUGAGGUUGCAUUGUCCGAAUCCAUGAUGCUCUUUGUAUCUAACUUUGUGAGAACUGGAAAUCCAAACGACAAUACCAGACAGGAGGUUUUGUUGCCAGCGUCGAGGGAGCGUAAUAAAUUUCGAGGCAUAAAUUGGGAAGAGUACGACUCCACGCACCAAAAGUACUUAGAAAUAGGUAUGAAGGCGCGUCUGAAGAACCACUUUAGAGCCCAUCAACUUUCUGUGUGGCUGAGGCUAGUCCCCGAGUUGCACAGAGCGGGAAUGGAGGAUAUCGCUACUCGACAUAACCUGUUUAAAAAUCAUAAUGAGCAAGAACUAUACGAAGGCAUCGUCAGGCCUGACCCUUUGGCGAGAAAUAUCAACGACAACGAUCAAUUGAAACGAGUAAAUGGAUCGGUUUACGCUGACGCGGCUUUGACUACCGUCGAUACUAUUCUGGCGACAUGCGUUACGCUAUUACCGAAUAGUAGGGACGUACAAACGUUGAAUGCCACAGAAAACACUUUAGCUAAUUUGGAGGCAGCAGGGUACGCCGCCUAUUCAACGGCAUUAAGCGUUACCAUAGCUAUAGGUUGCUCACUAUUGAUUUUAAAUGUUCUGAUAUUCGCUGGAGUAUACUAUCAGCGAGAUAAAUCUAGGUCGCGGGGAAAACAACAACGCUUUAAUGAAAAACACUUUGAGACUAUCUCUGGAAAACAUUCACAUUACCACAUAGAUCCGACGCAUACUCCUAGCUUAGUAGUAGAUGUGGAAAGACACAAUCGGAAGAAGCAUCAAAUGGGUAGUGAUUCUCACUUGGCUAACCUGAACUUUAAAGGUCCGCUGAACGUACCGAAAUCGCCACCGAGUCCGUCACUUAGUAUAGAAAAUAUGAUGAUACCCACCAAAAUUGGAAGUAGAAACAGUAGUUUUAGAUUGCCCAACGUGAGUUAUACUCAUAUGGGUGGAUACGGCACGAUGUCAAAGAAUUUGAACCAGUUUAAUAACUCGCCGCCCUCACAGGAGUUGAGACAGCAGAAAUUCCUGCCUCCGAACGGUUCGGCUUCGCAGGGCUCCCCCUUAGGGCGGGAGGACGCAGCGAGAGGGGGGCCUCAUGCCACUCUCCGGCGCGGAAAGAGCCCCCACCACGCCUCGAGUCUGCCACAAGCAGCUAUUGACGAAAUGAGAGUGUGACAGUUAAUUAUGUUUGACUCUACUUAAAAACUCUGUAAAUAUUUCAACAUGUGACUUGAAUAUAUUUUGAAAUAAAACUAUGUACAUAUUGGCUGAAUUUCGUUUGUUAACAUGAACUCGUAUUUCUCAAUUACUUGAGUAUUAUAAAAUUAUAUGUAAUUA